AGGGGGUGAGUAAAAACGGAUGCUCGAAAGCCUGAGAUUCCUGGGGCUGGACAUUUGGUUGUUUUCGCUGUUGCCCAUAGGGGGCGCUGAGAGGCCCUUCCCGGAGUGAUUUUUUUUUUUUUUAAUUGGGGCGCGUGCCGGCUGAGCGCGCUCGCGAUUCUGAACAUCUCCCUCGGAGCCUCGCCAGCUGGAGCCCGCACGCGCCGGGGGUGGAGGGGGUCGGAGGGAGGAGCGCAUUAGCGCUCUGGGAACCUUUCCCGGGAGCUUGUCCGGGGAGGCGCAAGAUUUCGGAACCUUCCUGGGGAUUUAGGCUCGGGGGCGCUCUCGGGCUCCUUGCCCCUUGGCCGGUCAGGCGGCUAGCUUCGGAAGAGUCCUCGGAGCCGCCGGACGUAAUGCGACAGCCGCCGAUCUUGAUUCUUGCACCCCCAAACCGGAGACAAUGGAUUAAAGAGGAUUAAAAAAGAGAGGGGAGAGGGGAGAAAAGACAGAGAGAGAGACAAGAGAGGAAAGAAAGAGAGAGAGUCCGCAUGGGAGGAAUCAUGAAUUCCAGCGCUGAAACGAAGAAGCCACCCCUGGCCCCCAAGCCCAAGUUUUUGGUAGGAAGUAAGCCCACACCACCUCCUAUUGCACCCAAGCCAGAUGUCGUGGUUUCUAAUGUACUCCUUUCAACAAGGACCUCAAAACCUGCCAUAGCUCCCAAGCCAAAAGUCCCAAAGGGCUCACCGCUUCCUGAUACCAGGCAGUCCCCAUCCAGGAAAAAUCGUUUUCCCUUGGAAGAGCAUAAACAGGAAUCAUCUGAACACUCUGACAAGCUUAAAUGUCAGAAUGGUGAAGACAAGAGAACUUCUUAUAUCAUGCCAGUGUGUUCAUCAAAUACUGAGUGUAUCUUGAACCAUGGGAAAGGAGACAAUUCAUAUGUUAAACACAUCGUUUUAGAGCAUCUUGAAACGCUUGAAAACUUAGAAAACAUCGGCGUUGGGGACCCUCUAUCAGUUCCAAAAGCUAAGCAAAAGUGUGAUGCUCAAAGUGAAAAAGUGGGAAAUAGGAAUCGAGUAAUUUUAAAAGCCAGCCUUCUGGAAGAGAAAUUGAAAGACGUAUUUUUUACAUCGUCUGGGUCCUCCCCUGCAAGUUCCCCUUUGAAGCACAGAUCUACUGACUGCCUGGAAAUGGACGGGAGUUGUGAUGCCAACAGGCAGUUCAACAUUGAAAUUGUGUCUUUAUCACAGUCUCUUUCUGGUUUCGAAGAGGCGAUUCCACAGACCCAAAACUGCUGUGUGAAGUUUCCUGGGGAUGGGACCCAAAUGCUUGAAACUAAUCAGGAUGAGCCAGAAACCAGCAUUAACGGUAUUACUUGCUUACCUGAGCAAGAAGCUAUGGAAAAUAGUCAAGUAAACAGUGUUCCAGAGGAAAGCAGUCCGAAAUCAGAAAUCAAGAACAUCGUUCCCUCAGGAAAGUCUUUGGAGCCUUGUAACAAAAUCUUUCCAACCCCGAAGCCCAGAAUGCCCCGGACUACUCGUCUAAUUCGACAGGGGUAUGUAGAUACUCCAAGUGAAAGUAUGGAAGAACUAUCUCAUUCACAGAGUGACUCCUCUCCUCUUAUUGAACAUGUGAAAAAAUCAGAUCAAACUGUGCUUUUAGGGACAGACAUUGUGUGUAACCAUGAACCUGUUGAGAACGAAGAACAAGAAAACAAAAAUGAAUUGACACCAGACUCUGGGAACAGAAAAUGCCCAAAUCUUACAGCCUGUGAUGACCAAGAUGUAGCCAUUUAUCAGAAUGUGUUUCUUCAAGAAUCUCAUAAGGAUAAAAUUGAUGAGAAUCGCCCACCUACAGAUUUUAACUUCUAUCCUGAAGGUAACACGAUAGAUGAGGCUACUAUAUCAUCAAACAUGGAUAGAAAGACCAGUUUUACAAAAUGUAGUAAACAAUCAAUGAGUCUGCCAACAAAUCUAAAACCAACAUACAGCCAGCAUUUGCCUGCUCCCAGUCACCCUGGUGGCUCUCCAUCUAAAACUGCCCAAGAAGCUGCUAUUGGAGAUGAAAGUCCCAUAAAAGUCGCCCCUAAAAAACCUCAGAGACAUAGCUUGCCAGCUGCUGGACGUCUUAAGAAAGCUGCCUCUGUGGAACUCUUAGAAAACAGUUCUUACCCUUCUGAUGAAGAGAAGAGUUCAGAGGGGAUACUGGGCAAAACUUGUCUUAGACAUUUGGCCGCCAAAGAGCAUGGUAUAUCAUCUUCCUUUGAUGUACCCAAACUUAUCAAAACUUCUGAAAAGCCAGUAUGGAAAUUACCUCAUCCUAUUCUGCCCUUUCCAGGGAACCAAGAAUCUUUAAAGUCCACCAACAGUGAGGUCUUCCCUUCCCUCACCAAGCCUAGAGCCAAGUCAUUGUCAGCCAUGGAUAUGGAUAGAUGCAACAAGCCUUGUAAAGACCCUCAAAAGAAAAAUUCUCUGAAGAAGUUGCUUAACAUGAAAUUGUCCAUCUGUUUCACAAAGAGUGACUUUCAGAGGUUUUUGUCAAAGAGUAGCCAGGUUGGAGAGGCAAGCCCGGGCCGUCCUUCCAGUAGGGAAGGCAGAGGAAUUGAUCAUGGUCAGCAGGGCAUGUCCUCUGUAGAUGAAAAGAAGGGCAAGCCAGUUAAAGCACAUUCUGCGGAAACUCACAGCCCAGCAUCCCACAAGAAGAGGAGGAUGUAUCGGAGUCAAGUGGACCUCCCUAAUGGUCCUAAAGCAGAAUCUUUGGAUGACCAGAUGCUCUCCAGGGAGGGGACACCAUCAACCCCUUCUAAUUCUGGAGCAAGUAACUGUGCCCCAGAGUAUGAAAACAUCUGUCGCUAUGAGGAAACCCCAGAGUAUGAAAACUUGCCAUUUACAAUGGCUACACGUAGAACUCCAGAUUCUGAGUGGCAAAAUACCCGCGUCCUGGAAGACAGUGAUGCAAAUGUUUAUGAGAUAGAAGAGCCAUAUGUAGCCUUAAAUAGCCAACUCCAGCAAGCACCAGGACCUCUGCAUUCCAGAUUCUCCCGAGACAAUCAGGGUGGCCUAGACCUUCCCUCUGAUGAGGAAGAAGCAGUUAACAGCUCUGACGAGGAUGCCAGCUCUGAUUCCAGCAAAGGGGAGCCUGAUUUGCUAGAAGACAAGCAGGGUAAAGGAACUGGAAAGAGAAGCAAAGUUUACCAUAUUGCCAAGGAAAUUAUGAGCUCCGAAAAAGUGUUUGUGGACGUGUUGAAACUUUUGCAUAUCGAUUUCCGGGAUGCAGUGGCCCAGGCCUCCAGGCAGCUUGGAAAGCCAGUGAUUGAGGACAGAAUCCUGAAUCAGAUCCUGUACUAUUUGCCUCAGCUGUAUGAACUCAAUCGUGAUCUCUUGAAGGAACUGGAAGAAAGGAUGCUGAAUUGGACUGAGCAGCAGAGAAUGGCAGAUAUAUUUGUAAAGAAGGGCCCAUACCUAAAAAUGUAUUCCACGUACAUAAAGGAAUUUGACAAGAACGUAGCUCUUCUGGAUGAACAGUGUAAGAAGAAUCCUGGUUUUGCUGCUGUGGUUAAAGAUUUUGAGAUGAGCCCAAGGUGUGCGAACCUGGCGAUUAGACACUACCUGCUCAAGCCUGUCCAGAGGAUCCCCCAAUACAGGCUGCUUUUGACAGAUUAUUUGAAGAAUCUUUUGGAAGACUCUGCAGAUUAUAGGGAUACUCAAGAUGCCCUCGCUGUUGUCAUAGAGGUGGCCAACCAUGCCAAUGACAUCAUGAAGCAGGGAGACAACUUUCAGAAGCUCAUGCAGAUUCAGUACAGCCUGACUGGACACCAUGAGAUAGUACAGCCAGGAAGGGUCUUUCUGAAAGAAGGAACUCUGAUGAAAUUGUCCCGGAAAGUCAUGCAACCAAGGAUGUUUUUUCUGUUUAAUGAUGCUCUCUUGUACACAACACCUUUGCAGGCUGGGAUGUAUAAACUGAACAACAUGCUUUCUUUGGCUGGAAUGAAGGUUAGAAAACCAACCCAGGAAGCUUAUCAGAAUGAACUGAAGAUUGAGAGUGUAGAACGUUCCUUCAUUCUCUCAGCCAGUUCUGCUACUGAAAGGGAUGAAUGGCUAGAAGCAAUCUCCCAGUCAAUUGAAGAAUAUGCCAAGAAGAAAAUCACAUUCUGCCCCUCCAGAAGCCUCGAUGAGACGGACACAGCCAAGAAGGAAGAGAUGAGCCCCUUGGGCUCAAAAGCCCCCAUCUGGAUUCCCGACACAAGGGCCACCAUGUGCAUGGUGUGUACCAGUGAAUUCACGCUCACUUGGAGGAGGCACCAUUGUCGGGCUUGUGGCAAGAUUGUCUGUCAAGCUUGUUCCUCAAAUAAGUAUGGCUUAGAUUACCUGAAAAACCAGCCUGCAAGAGUCUGUGAACAUUGCUUCAGAGAACUUCAGAAACUAGAUCACCAGAAUUCACCCAAGAUGGGGUCCCCAGCAAAUCACAAAUCUCCUUCAAGUGCCUUGUCUUCAGUCUUGCAUAGUAUUCCAUCUGGAAGGAAACAAAAAAAAAUCCCAGCUGCCCUCAAAGAAGUGUCAGCAAACACCGAAGACUCUACCAUGAGUGGCUACCUGUACAGGUCAAAGGGCAGUAAGAAACCUUGGAAACAUUUUUGGUUCGUGAUUAAAAAUAAAGUGCUCUACACGUACGCUGCGAGUGAGGAUGUUGCAGCCUUGGAAAGCCAGCCACUAUUGGGCUUUACUGUCACUGAAGUUCAGGAUGAGAAUUCACAGUCUAAAGUGUUCCAGCUACUACAUAAGAAUGUCCUAUUUUACUUGUUCAAAGCAGAUGAUGCCCAUUCAGCUCAGAAGUGGAUAGAAGCAUUUCAGGAAGGCACAGUGCUGUAGCAGCAUCUGUCUCAUCUCUUUUUUCCCAUUCCAGAGGACUUGAAUUUCAUCAGAAGUCAUGAAAUGCAGUAAAGAGAUUUUUAUCAAUGUAAUUGUGCACUGCCAAGAAAAAAUCCCCCUCAGUUGUGUGUUUAUGUGACUUAGGAAAUUGUCUUGUAGGCAUGUUAAUAUUUCGUUAAAGAGAUUGUAUACUUGUGAAGGGUUUUUUCAUACAAAAUGUUAUUUAUUAAAUUUUCAUUGUUUACUUUAUGGUCAGAAUUAUUUCUGAGGCUCUUACUGAAUUCCAAAGUGUCCUUGUCCUUAGGAGAAAAGAUAACCUAUCAGAAGUGUCCCAUGGUGUUAACUAUGUGACCAUCUCUUCUGGCUUUUAGUGAUAACACUGACCCAGCAGACAUUCUUGGCUGCCAGUAUCUGUUUUCUGUGAGUUGCUUAAUUUAGAAAUAAUGACUAUUUAAAAAUGGCUAAAGAGAAAAGGCAUGCAUAAAAGUCUCUGUAGAGUACUCUGAAAUAUAGCUUCAUAUUUUAUAAUGGGGGACCCCCUCCCAACAUACAGCCAGCUUCUACCUCAGGGACACUGAUUCAGUUCCAGUAAAUUAUCUAAAUAACAAAAGGACUUGUGCCUGUCCUGUACCUCUGUUCUCAGUGGGGAAGAAAUGCAAGAUCAAAGCUGGUCAGCCAUAGGAUAGAAGCCUUGUUUUUUCCUAUUGAACUGUGAGUCAGAAUGAGGAGUCUGCAGGCACCAAGUUAGUGUUUUAGAAAAUGGUUUUUACAUCCAGAUAUGCAAAAACAGUCAACCCAAUUCCUUGACUUUCAAUUUUUUUUUUAAUCCUUACUUUCCAUCUUAGAAUUAAUACUGUGUAUUGGUUCCAAGGCAGAAGGUAAGGGGCUAGACAAUGAAGGUUAAGUGACUUGCCCAGGGUCACCCAGCUAGGAAUUGUCUGAGGCUAGAUUGGAACCCAGGACUUCCCAUCUCCAUGCCUGAGCCACCUAGUUGCCCCUGAUUCCUUUUGUUCUCAUGGAAGCCAUCCUAGGUAUGACCCUUUCUUCUUAAGACUUUUGAAAAAAUAAAUAUUUUUUCAUUUAAGAAAAGAUUGAGGGUCAGCAGGGUGGAUAGAGAUUCAGAUCAGACGAAGGGAAGUCACGGGUUCAAAUCUGGCCUCUGAUACUUCCUAGCUAAGUCACCCUGGCCUGGGUAAGUUACUUAACCCAAAUUCCUUAGCCCUUACUACUCUUCUGCACUGAAACCAAUGCUUAGUAUUGAUUCUUAGCACUAUAAGAGUUCUAAUAAAAGAAUAAGAAAGGGACCUAUCUGCAUAGCUUACUUGAAAACCAAAGUGAUUAAAAACUUCUAAGGGGACUGUGGGUGGGGUUGAAAAUUAAAUAAUUUAUUUCUACCUAUAAUGAGAAAAGCAAAAUAUUCCACCCACAGAUUGCCAAAAGCAUUUUUUUGGAUUAUAGAUGGCAGACGUUCAGAGCCUAGUUUGACUUUGGUAUUUGUGUCUCAAACAAAUGUUUCAUUUAAGUUCUUGUUUUCCCUUGAAAAUUUAUGAAUUGGACCCAAGUGACCAUAUCCAGAAAGCCACACGUCCCUAAAACUGUACCAUCUUCAUUUUUAAGGAAAUAAUUUGUUUACAUUUUUUGAUAUUCCACUUAAAGAGAAAUCCAGCAUGAAGUGGAACCUGUGCCUUCCGCCCCCCUCUAGGAAGCAUCAAGCCCCCACCACCAUGAUGGUGAGUCUUGAGCCACCUUCUGUGACCCUGGAAAGCAGCAGGAGGACUUCUCACUGUGACCCACAUCUGAUAGGAGAAAUAUUUUUUUUUCCUUUCUUUUUCUCUUCAAGCAAGAUUCUGGUUAAAUCAUCUUUUAAGGGGGCUCAGGAAUUUUCCAUGUCUUCUCUUAACGGUAUUCAUCAGAACAAUGUUUUCCCCCCCUUUUUUGUAGCUAACUAAAUCCUAAGGUCCCUUUACUUUGGCCUUGAUCAUGGAGCACCCCGGGUGGGCUCACCACUGCUGGGACUGGCUCUUCCAGCCCGAAUUCUGCCAGGCAAACAUUUCCUGUCCUUUUGCUGCCUCAGUCACAUGGUCAACCAGAAUAGCAAGUCCUUAAAAGUCUUCAGAUACCAACCCAGAAAUCAAGGGGGGCAAUGGAGGGAAGAACAAAUUAAUGCUUAUGUCAGAAGAUUAUGUAUGUACAGGAACAGACUUUUAAGCCACCUAGUCCAGUCCCUUAUAGAUAAGGAAUAUUGAGUUUCUCAGAGGAUAUGUGAUAGGAUUUGAACCCAGGAUCUCUGACUUCAAAUCCAGCACUUUCUCUUCAUUUUUUUUUAAUCUAAGGCCCAUUGAAUAGGUGGGCAGCUACAUAGACUUUGGGAAGGCUGGGGGUGAAGAAUCUGGGACUGCUCAAGUGACUCUUGCCCUUGGCUAGAGAUUGGGUUUGUUUUCCCUUCUCACCCUCCUGAUCCUGGUCUGUUCUCCUCUGUGCUUUGGCUCCACCUGAAAAGAUGACAAUCUUUUCAAAGUUCUUGUCAGUGAGGCCCUGUCUUCUUCAAACAGCUGCUGGAAUCUAGUCAGUUAUUAAUAAGAAUUUUUAAAACAAGGAAUUCAGGCCUUCCCCACCCCCAAAGUUUGCUCAACAGCAUUUUUUAACUAUUUGGGAAACAUUCAUCAAUUAUAAACAGUGACUCCCAGGCUCGAAUCCAGGUUCAGAAAGCUUCCUGGCACACUGGGUUUUAGAAAACUCAGUUUAAUUUCCCAAACAGGUUUUAUUUUGGAUUCAUCGUGCAUGCUGUGUCUCAUUGCUUCUGCUCUUCUUUGGGUCUGUUCUUAACAUGCCUGACUCAAAGUCAACCAAGGUCCUAAUUAUCACUGCAAAAAACCACUGGCAUCAGGUCGUUUAAAAAAAAAUCAAGCCAGCAGGAAUUUUGGAGAGCAUAAGAAAUUAGCCGAAUAGCUAGAAGGAAAAAUACAGCCAAACUCCCAGUGUUCUUGCUAUUGCUGGAAUGCAACACAAAGGAAAGGGAAAGAGGGUCUAACUUUAAAGAGCUUUGAACUGCACUAAGAACUUUGCACAUCCUUAUAUGUUCCUACAGCUGGAAGGGACAUGAGAGGUCAUUUUGGCCAAACUCUUCAUUUUAUAGGUGAGGAAGCUGAGAUGCAAAGAGGUUGAUCUGCCCAAAAUCACAUAGUGUGUAAAUGACAGAGCCUGGAAGACAUGUCUGACACAUGUUGGCUUUGGGACCUUGGGACAAAUCACUUCGUUUCCCUGUUAUAGGCAGGGUUUUUUGUUUUGUUUUGUUUUUUUUAAUUUUUGUUUUAGGAGAGGGAUAGUUUGCCUCAGUUGCAAGCCCCUCCAAUAUCUUUGCCAAGAACUCCCCCCCAAAAAACUGGGGGGGAGUUCUUGGCAAACUUCCAAAAAAGUUCUUGGAAAAAAUGACUAAAUGAUGAUGGCUCCUUUGAAGGUGUCAAUCUAAAUUGGGAGAAUUUCCUUAGCUGGGAAUUCCUUAUAUCAAUGAAAUCAUUGAGACAUUGAUUGAAUGAUAUCAUUAAAUUAAUGAAAUCAUUCGUAGACUCUUCCCAUUGAAGAACUCUAGAGCUGGGUGCAAAUGAGGAGUCUAGUCUGAAUUGCACCUUCUGAACAAGCCUGACAUUUUAACCCUGAUUAACCCAUAUCUGUUAGUAUAUUUCUGCUAACAAGAUCAAAAAAAAAAGCUAAUUUUGGCUUUUGACCCGGAGCGCCUCCUUUUUUGAAUCUGGCCCCUGCCUAUGCUCACCUCCUCCAAAAAUCCCUGAUGGCUGCCAUCUCUGCUCAACUCUUGAACAAAAGUUUCUACUUCCUCAUUUCAGGCCCAGGCCAUGAAAACCUCUUUUCUCUCAGCUCUGUAAUUCACCAGAAUACACUAGGAAUGGAAGUUUAGCUAGUAGAACUCGUUUCCAUUUUUAAAAGACUUUAUUGCCCAAUAGGGCAGCAGUUGUUUUUGAAGGGAUCCUUCUUGCUACUGUAGCCUGAGGGUUUCUACCUCCUCCCAAAUCCUUUUCUACAAAGUGCUUUUUUGGAGCCAAAUCUUGGUAAUCUGCUGCAUGGUUUGCAUACUCUUCUCUACCACACCUUUUUCUAGUGAAUUCAUAGGUUUCCAGGGAAUUUGGGUCUGCAGAAUUGAUCUUGAGUCAUAAAUCCUACACUAUAAUGAAGAAGAAAACUAGACUUGUGAUUUUCAUCCAUAUGGAGAGAGCUCCCAGCAAGGAAUCCCCUCUCUACCUCUAAUUUAAAGACCCACCUUGCUCUAAUUUACUGGCCUCAGAGCAGCAGGAGGCACUGGGAGGUUAUAAGUGAUUGUGAUUCUGGUCUUCCUGACACCUCUACUGGGCUUCCUGUCCCUAAAAAUAGCAAUGAAUUUACAAGGAAAAUGCUAAUAUAGCAAAGGAUAGAAAGGAUAGAGUAUUGGAAUUCAUUUCAGUUAUCUUUAAUUUCUGGUUAAGAUUUGAGGUCACAGUAUUUUGUUUUCUCAGAGUUGCACUAUAGUCAAAUAUGGCCAUAGGUUUCCACUGACAAGUGAAUAGAUGCCAAGGUCAUCCCCUGCAUGGCAGGCCAUUGCCAAUCAUCUCGACUUUUGUCCUCCCACUGUAUUUCAAUGACUCUGGAAGAGAGUGGGGCCAAUGACUUUGUCUUCUUAACCGUUUCACUUAAAUCUAGCUCAAAAUGUCAUUGGUCUUCAAAAAUGGAGGAACAAGGGCAGGUCACAGUGUCUGAGAAAUGGGAACCUUCUUAUGAACUUUGCUGUAUGAGGUAUGAAAUUAAUCAGAGAUACUCCUAGCUUUUGGUCUGAAAAAGAUGAACAAAGAACAUCAUCAUGGAGCUUUGUGACUUAACUUCCCACCUUCUUGAUGAAAGCUCAUCUGGACUUUUCCCCCUUCUUUUUAACAAACCAAACAGCACCUUACUGCUGGAUUUUUUAAAAAGAAAACAAAACCAUUUUUAAGGAGUUAAAUCUAAGGGCAGUCAUAAUAAAGCUUCAAAUCUUGAGUAUAUAUGCACUGAGAUAAUGCAGAGAGUGUGAAUACACAUUCCACCCCCCAAAAAGACUGUUAAAGAUUUUUUUUCUAGAAUCACUUUACUUAGAAAGUUCAGUUUGUUCUGUUUGUCCACAUAGAGAUCCUUUAUAAAUAAAUGAAAGUCGCUGUAUAUAAUGUUUAUAUGUAUUAUAUUUGUACAAAUAAAUUCUCAAGAUUAACAUCA